AUGCUACUGUCAAGCUUGAGUUCGGAGCAAUCCACUAGCGCAGCCAAAUUCAUAUGUGUCUGUAGCAAGCACAAUUUCGGUCGGCCCCACACAAUUUCGAGAACAACAUGGUAUGAGCACCUUCAACAGGCAAAAAUGAUGGAAGAGAAAACCAGAAUGCAGGCUGUGCAUCAUGGAUCCAAUGAAGCAGCUCCUUCUGCUACUCGUCGUGCUGCAAUAGCACAGGAACUCGCAAAGCGAUCCCGAGAGAUAUCUGAUGCUGAACAUGUUCGACAUCGGAAGCGCACACGCAGUACAGUGCUGGACUUGUUACCUGAGGCUGAAGAGCACAUGGGCCGCCUGCAAGUAGAUGAAGACACAAUAACUUUGGGCGAUGAUUUUGAGUAUGAAAUCAACUUCGAACACAGGAGGAAGCCUAAUGUUGAUGUCGAGCACCUCGCUCAGAGCGCAGUUUUCCCCAAAAUCAAGGACGCCAUGGAGUUUAUCCUCCUCUUGAAAAAUGCUUCAUUGGAUGACCCCAUUUCUAAGCUGUUGGAUGAUGCACUCGACAGGCUGCGCAACCCACCACAAGGUCCAGUCAACAUUGAUCAACCUGGUAUCCAUCACAGUAUCUUGGUGUAUUUAGCACUUGAACAUGGUAUCCUGAGCUUCUAUGCGGUAGAAAAGUUGAUAUUGAAAUAUGCCGGUGUUGAGUCAAUCAACCACGACAUGUGCCCAAAUACGUGCCUUGCCUAUACUGGCCCAUAUGCCCACCUUGACAAUUGUCCUAUCUGCGAUGCACCUCGUUGGGAUCAGGCACGACUACACUCAACAAACAGACAUGUCAAGGUCGCAGCGCAGAAGUUUUCAACUAUACCCUUAGGCCCCCAGCUGCAAUCAUUAUACCGUCAUCCAGACAGUGCUCACAACAUGCGUUACCUUCAUGAAUGUACGCAACAAGUUCUUGAGGAGCUCCGGACAACUGGCAAGAUUUCUAUCAUAGACGACAUUGCUAUGGGGUGGGAUUAUCUUGGCGCCAUCGCUGAUGGAGAAAUCAAAGAGAACAAUAUUGUUCUCAUGGUGUCUCUCAAUGGGGCACAGCUCUAUGAGAGCAAAAAUUCAGAUUGCUGGAUGUAUGUUUGGAUUAUCGUAAACCUCUCACCAGACAAGCGUUAUCGAAAAAUCCACAUACGUCCAGGUGGCUUCAUCCCAGGACCAAACAAGCCAAAAAUUCUCGACUCUUUCCUUGUCGUUGAUCUAUACCUCAUAUUCACAACUGCAGAUGGUCCCGGAUUGGUAUAUUGGGAUGGUAUGGUGGGGCACAGUGGGAAGAAUGGCUGUCGCUUGUAUUGUGAAAUAACUGGCAGGCGAAAGACUCGCGGAACACACUACUAUCCUGCCCUCCUCAAGCCACGUGAUCGAUGUGUUGCAGGAAGUGACCAUGGAUCUGACAGUUAUGCUGACAACUUGCGUCGGCUUGUUGCAUCACUGAAUCAGUGUCAGUGGGAGAUUCGCAAGACAGAGACUGGUCUUACCAAGCCUCUAUUAAUUCUCAUCCCUCAUUGCAUGACAACCAAUGUCAUGCACCUUGCAGGCAAUCUCAGCGAGCUAUUACUUGGUCUCUGGCGUGCCACGAUUGAUUGUGGUCCAAGCAACAACACCAACACUUGGGAUUGGGCUGUACUCAAAGAUGGAGAGGUUUGGGACACCCAUGGCAAAGAAGUCGAGUGGGCAGGGCCAUAUCUUCCAGGAUCAUUUGAUCGAAAACCUCGCAAUAUCGCUGAAAAGCUCAACACUGGUUACAAGACCUGGGAAUUCCAGGUAUACACCUUCGGACUUGGCCCCACCCUACUUCAUGGUAUCCUACCUGAGUUGUACUGGGCUAACUACUGUAAGCUCGUGCGGGGAUUCCAGUUGAUGUGCCAGCACUCCAUAACUGCCGAAGAUCUUACAAACACCCAUAUCCUUCUUUGCACAUGGGAACGCGAGUUCAAGAUGAUCUAUUAUCAACUCAAGGAGGACCAACUCCAAUUUGUUCGACCAUGCAUUCACCAGAUGAGUCACCUUCAACCCUCCAACCCUUAUGCUAACCUUUCGAAAGAAGGUGUGUGCAGCGCUGUCAAGUCAAUACCCUCCUGUCCAUUAUGCCCUGAGCUCAAUGAACCUCCCAAAGGUCUUCCGAUUGGAGCUGUUGACUUAGGAGAUGGAUAUGCACUGCUUCGCAAACAUGCUAGAUAUGCUAUAUGGGCUCGCCUCCUUCUACCUAAUGGCCAAGUGGCACGUUCGGCAUGGAGGGAGAAUCUCAAAGCACUCGAGCAAAUUUUGGCUGUUGAAGCAAACAUUCUGGAUGAUGCAGAUUGGCGUUUUGCAGAUGUUGCAAUCAUCCAGCUGUACUCUCUUCCUGACGACACCCUCCUCCAACUCUCCUCACAGACAGUAGCCUCCUGCUCUCACCUUGACGAUCUCUGUGUUGUUCCUGUGAAGAAGAUCAUCAGUGUUGUAGCAAUGAUUCCACAUAUGCCCAAACUGCCCUCUGGUGUUAUCGAGGAGUGCUUUUUCAUGUUAGAGAAGCCUGGAUUACAGAUUUCAAACCUGGGAUCAACCACAUUGACGAGGAUGACAAUGACAACGAUGUAG